GUCCCAACAACCCUUGACAUCUCAGUUGUCAUAUUUAGAACUGCACAAGAGAGAGAGUGACAUUUAAAAAGUCUGAAAAUGGCGUUCCUUAUGAUGUACCCCGCUGUAGCAGUCCUUUCGUUAUUUGUUCUGAUGGUGAUCAUCUUGAUACUGCGCUUCGGGGCGCGCUGGUGCAAGCUCCGCCACACCACCUUCUCUGAUCAAGAGUACUGGAACGAUGAUGAGGCGUAUGAACAGAAAGUGUCAUACGCUUGAUCAGUCACGUUUAUUGUGCUCUUUAUCGUAAUCAAAUUGAUAAACAAAACUUGACACCUUAAAAAUAUUUCUGUAAUAGAUACUUAAAUGUCUUUUAGGACUUGCUGUGUUGUAUGCUAUAUACUAUGUACAUUACUAAUUACUGCUAAAGCGAAUUCCUAUGAUAUUGUGUUCCUUCCUUUUCUGCAAUGCUAAGUCCAUAACUAGUACCAGUCCACAACACACAUUGUUGUGUUGUUUGAGUACAUAACAUAGCAUAAUUAAGUAUGUAAUGGCUCUUUCUUGGAGCACAGUAAAUUUUCAUUAUUUAUAAAGGUGUAAAGAGAUCUUAACAAUAUUUGGUAUUGGUUUUUGCCAUAUUUUCCAUUGCACCCUAUAAAUAUUUUAAAAUGUUUCAUGUACCUAUGUAACAUGUAUGAAGGCAAGUUUUGUUUAUUAAUUUUUUAAAGUUUUACACAAGGUGUUAUACUCUUAUCUCUCUCUUGUUUUACUUAUUCUUUUAAUUAUUCCGUCCAAGUUAGGUCUGACUAGUGUUAAGAUGUUAAAUGACAGAUUUAUACUAUACAAAUAAGAUUUUAAUGAGAAUGACAAGAUAAAAUGAU